AUGACCCUCAUUACCAGAAUACUUCCCCGAAAAACUCCAAGCUUAUUAUCAACUUUAAGAGCCCACUUCCACAGUGCAACUCCCAACAUGACGCUCAACCUCGAGUCCAGCAUUGUGGCCGCAAACGAGGGAUAUGUCUCCAAGUUCAGCGCUUCAGAUGAAAACCUACUGCUUCCGCCGGUGAAGGAGGUCGCCGUCGUAACAUGCAUGGACACCAAUAUCAUGCCCGCAUCAGCACUCGGCUUCAAGCUCGGCGACGCGCACCUCAUCCGCAACGGCGGCGGCAGCGCCCGGGAGGCUCUGAGGAGUCUGGUUGUGUCGCAGCAGCUGUUCGGGACAAAGGCGAUAUUGAUCAUUAAGCAUACUGACUGCGGAAUGACCACAUUCGACAAUCCCACCCUGCACGGCACCAUCAAGAAGAACCUCGGCGUCGACGCCGAUGGCGAGGAUUUUGGAGCCAUUGAAAACAUAGAACAAGCCGUCAGAGACGACGUCGAAUUCCUCAAGACGCACAAACUGAUCCCAGAGGUGGUCCGGGGGAACACAACGGGGUGGAUAUAUGAUCCGAAGACGGGCAAGCUUACGAAGGUUGUUUAG